UUUAAAUGAAUUAAGUGAUUGGUGGUGUUCUAUUAGUUUUUUAGUUUUGUGACUACACAAGCCUCUUGUGAUUAACCCAGGGUUCAUUUGUCUCUGCCAGUCUCCUUGGUGUAUAAAUUUGGUUUCCAUGGUAACAUAUCUGAAUGGAUCAGAGUUGCACAAAAACAUUUUGCAGUUUAUAGUAGGGGGAUCCAGUUGGAGUAAGUUUCUCGAGGAAUCAGAGCUUUUUAUUAUUAUUAUUUUAUGUAACUGUAAAGUUAAGGAGUUGGCGGCAAAGUCUACAAAUAAAGCCACAUGUGCGGCAGAUGAUAUAGAGCAGCUGAAUGGUUCUGAAUGUCUGGGACAUUUCCCUGGAAAAUGAAAGCCUGGAAUAUGUGUUUCUCCUGACCAGUCUACAGCAGCUUCUCUCGCUUCACUGCACUUUGGAUACUUCUAAACCCGAAAGGAAGACUGAAUUGUGAUGGCAUUGUGCAAAAGUUCAUUUGCUUCAGUAUUUUAGGCACUUUUGAUGAAUGUCUACAAGAUGAAUUAUCACUAGUUAAACAAUUGAGUCACUGUGGCGAUCAAGAAAUGGAGUUUGUUUUGAGAAGUCAAACUGCUGAUGCAAACAGAAGAAAAGGCUUACAUGUUAAGUUGUUCCGUGAACAUACUGUUGGUGCAGUGGUGAGACGGUGCGUAUCUGUGCAAAAGAAAAAGGAAUAUAACGACGUCCUAGCCUUCCCACCAAUUGCAAAAGGCUUAUCUACAAACUCUCAGACUCAGGAAGGUAGUUGCAGUAGCUGUAAUUCAUCCCAGAAACUUCAAGACUUGUUCUUCGCUCCUCGUAUUUGUGGCUCCCAGAGGACUGCCUACAAACUACUGGAUCUGAAGGAAGUUGGGAGUAAAACAGCUGACUGUCACUGGAAUGUACCAUAUAAAAAAGUAAGUGAGGAAGCAGACUUGCAGAUCAAAACUUAUUUAAAACACCAUUUACACAACCGGCACGGCAAGAGGACAGAGUAUUUUGGAGGAGGCAGGACACCAUUAAGAGACAAGGGAAAAGAACCUCCUCACACGUUCAAAACUGAAGGCUUUUUAUUAAAGGAUAAGCAAUUAACAGCCUUACUAGAUGAAGAACGUCACAUCAAUUUUUUGGAAAAUCCUCAGACUGAAGCGAACAAGCUGGAGAGACAGGCGGCGCAAAGUGAGGAAACCAGCAGCGAACACAUUUCCAGCUCCAGGAGGACAGCAUUGUCAGGAGCAGAAGUUUUAUCAGAAAGCAUGAUCAAAAGCCAGGCCAACCAUGGAAUAUCCUCUGACAACUCUAAUUCAAACACCCGAGCCAUUACCACAAGCAGUAAUCCAAAAGAAUUAGCAUUUUCCAACCAGCUUGUUAAUGAGGACUCGGAAUGUGACAAUCUGUUGUCAGACAGUGAUAAAAUCAAUAAAAUGCUGAAAGGAGACAUCCACAUGCAAUAUUCUCCAAAGAAGAAACGGUUUAUGAUCUAUGUUUGUGGUGGAUACAGCGAUACAGCGCCAGAAAGAAACACCUUAAUGGAAAAAGUAUACCCUCAGCUUUACGAUUACUGUAAGCAGCGAGGGUAUGACUUCAGGCUGGUGGACCCGCGGUGGGGAGUGCAGGAUGGAACCAGUAACAGCCACAACACGGCCGCACUGCACCUGGAGAUGCUCAGACAGUGCAAGGACUCAGAGGGACCUAACUUUUUUCUUUUCACAGGUCAGAAGCGUGAUAUACAUUCAUUGCCCCCCAGUAUCUUAAAGGAAGACUUUGAAGCCAUUCUCAACAUUAUAGAGUCCAAGAGACUAAAAGCAGCAAAAAGGAAGCGCUUACACCUCAGAGCAAAGGAUGAGGCAGGUUUAAGCUUACAGUCAGAUGCUUCAGUGAACAACGCAGAACGCAUAUCCUCAGAUCUUAAUAAAAAUGAGGGCUCUGAAGAUGCCUCUGCUCUUUCCAAUGACAGCAGCGUUGCUCAUGCCUCCUUUUCUAAUGGUGACGUAUGCAGUGUUGCCCAAACUGAAAAGUCUGGGUUAGAUUAUGAAAAAGAGAUUGCUCUCCUUCAGCUGUGGUACAAACUGGAUGAAAACUCUGUUCCUGCAAUAUACCGUCUUGUGCCAAUCAGCACCCACAACAGAGAUUUCCACAGCAAAGAUCCUUUAAGGAGGCAACAGUCAAAAAACAACUGGUUGAGUGCUUCUCAGAAACUCCACACCAUCUUACAGCAGAAUGCCUCUGAAGCUGUGGGAGAGGAAGCAGCCUGUGCUCUACUAAGAACAGUUCUCGACUGUGAAGUUGAACAGGGACUUCAGACAAGUGGCCCCCCUGAAGGACACUGUCACUGGUUUAAAAGAACCAUCACUGACAUCAAAUACAACCUUGGAAGUAUAAAAGCAUCAGACUACAUAGAUACCCUCCCAGCGCAACCAGAAAUUAAUCAGACGCUGUAUGCAGCCCAUCAGAAAUUUAUGGACAACAUUCACGCAAAGCUACGGCAUACUAAUAUCUAUGAGCACAAUGUUGGCUGGGGACGGGAUGGAGUCAAUUCAAAAGUCAAUUCGUCACAUUUGUAUUAUACCGAGCGAAUCUGCAAUGAUUUCCAGAGAAUUGUCAUCAGCCACUUUAACAGAUUCCUCAGUUCAGGUGCAUGUAAAGAUCCACCUGAUGUCAGAAGAAGAGACGUUUGUCAAAAUCAAGUGAAGGAAGAGAUUCUAGAACACAUUUGCCACUGUCAAACACUGGCAGGGCAUUGCAUUGGGAGGGAGUCAGUCCUGAUUGACCUGAGUGAAGUGAUAAAAAAUUCACAGCAGAAAUUGAUUGUACUGCAUGGAGGAAAGGGAUGUGGGAAGAGCACCUUAAUGGCCAAAGCUGCAGUUCUGGCAUCUAACUGGAUACCAGGGAAGCUAAAGACCAUUGUGCGCUUUGUGGGAACUACUGGAGAGAGCAGAAAUGUCCGUUUGCUUCUUCAGAGUUUAUGUUUCCAGCUUGCAGAGAUUUAUCACGGGAAGGCCAAUUUAUCAGAGAGUCUGCAUGCACUCAUGAAUGAGUUUAUUGCUCUUCUUGAGUUUGCAUCUGAAGACAGCCCUUUGCUAAUCAUUCUUGACGGUCUUGAUGAACUCUCUGAAGAGCAUAAUACCGACGUCUCUUGGCUUCCUUCUACCCUACCUCAGCAUGUGUAUCUCAUAGUAUCCACAUCAAUGGAAUCAAGCAGUUUGAAAAUAUCAGAGAAGCUGACAAUAAUGUCAGACACUGUGCACAUCACAGCGCUCAGUCCUACAGAGGUCACUCAGAUACUGAGGUGUUGGCUGGAGAGAGACCACAGGAGAUUACAAGCUGGUCAGUGGCGGCUCAUCAUUGAGGCCUGUUUGGCUUGCCCUUCCCCUCUGUAUCUUCAGAGUGCCUAUCAGGAGACCAAACAGUGGGCUUCGUUCACUUCACCAGAUGAGAUAUACCUGCCUGCAGACCUCUGCAAACUGUACACAUCCAUACUAGCCAGGCUGGAGAAGGAACAUGGAGAGCAAUUUGUGAAGAAAGCUGCCUCUUUCAUAACAUUAUCUAGAAAUGGCAUCACUUUGGAGGAGUUGGUAGACUUGCUGUCCCAGGAUCACGGCGUUAUGCAGGAAAUACAACAGUCUCAUGGGCUGACCGUGUCCAAGUUUCCCUUUGUCCUGUGGGCUAGGCUUCAGCACGACUUAGGGAAUCACUUGGUGGAGCAAAAAACAGACAACACAUAUGUUUUCAAUUGGGCACACUCCACAUUAGAGCUGGUUUGUGAGGAGAGGUACCUGAAAACAAGAGAUGUCCAAAUUGCAUUGCAUGCAGAAUAUGCCAGAUACUACUUAGGUAAGAGGACCUCCCCAGAUGUCAGCAAUGCUAAUGGCCAUGGUUUUCAGCCACUGGCAUGGGUCGUGGAAAAAGACUCGGUGAAGAAUUACAUUUUCAACAUCCGACAACUUCAUGGAGUUACAUACCACCUGAUUAAAUCCAAUUCCAUUUCAACUCUGGUGUCGGAGUGCUUGUUUAACUAUGAAUUUCUCCUGCACAAAGCCUGGGGCUUGUCUGUGGUUCACUUGGAGGAGGACAUAAAAGCAGCACUAACACCAGAGAAACAACUUAUUGACCUGGAUGUGUUAAGCGAGGCUCUCCAGUUGUCAAAGAAGGUCCUUCUUCAGGACCCAUGUCAGUUGGCCUCUCAGCUAGUUGGCCGUCUGAAUCAGAUAAUCUCCACUGACAUACCAGUGGCACCAGGUAAUUCCUAA